AUGAAUCAUGAGUAUUUGGAUUUAUACAAAAAGGAGAUAGAAUCUCUUUUAGAAAAAAAUUUAAUAAGAAAAUUCAAAUCUCCUUGGAGCUACACAACUUUUUAUGUUAAUAAUGUUGCCGAAAGGGAACGUGGGGUCCCUAGACUUGUUAUAAAUUACAAACCUCUUAAUAAAGUGUUAAAAUGGAUUAGAUAUCCUAUUCCUAAUAAAAAAGAUCUUUUAGAUAGAUUGAACAAUGCUUUAAUCUUCUCUAAAUUUGAUAUGAAAUCUGGUUAUUCGCAAAUUCAGAUUAAUGAAUAUGAUAAGUAUAAAACAGCCUUUACUGUUGUUCCUUUUGGACAUUAUGAAUGGAAUGUCCUUCUUUUUGGCCUUAAAAAUGCCCCUUCAGAAUUUCAAAAUAUUAUGAAUGAUAUUUUUAAUCCUUAUACUGAAUUUAUAAUUGUUUAUAUUGAUGAUGUCUUAGUUUUUUCUAAAACUAUAGAUCAACAUGUUAAACAUUUAAAAAUAUUCAAAGGAUUAGUUAAACAUAAUGGAUUAGUUAUAUCUGCUCCUAAGAUAAAACUUUUUCAAACAAAAGUUAGAUUUUUAGGACAUGAAAUUGACCAAGGAACUAUAAUUCCUAUACAAAGAAGUAUUGAAUUCGCUUCUAAAUUCCCCAAUAUUAUUACAGAUAAAAAACAAUUACAAAGUUUUCUUGGUAGUCUCAAUUAUAUAGCAGAUUAUUAUGAAAAUCUUGCAAAAGAUACUGUCAUAUUACAUGUUAGGCUUAAAAAGAAUUUUGGCCCUUGGACUGAUAAACAUUCUCAGGCUGCCCAAAGAAUUAAAAAUAAAGUUAAAUAUUUGCCUUGUUUAUCCCUUGCUAACCCUAAAUAUUUCAAAAUUGUUGCAACAGAUGCUUCCGACUUAGGCUAUGGAGGAAUCCUUAAACAAAUUAUACCUGAUACAUCAAAAGAAGUUUUAGUCAGAUUUACCUCUAGAAAAUGGAAUCCUGCCCAAUCAAAAUAUUCUACUAUCGAAAAAAAGAUGCUCUCUAUUAUAAAAUGCAUUUCAAAAUUUCAAGAUGAUCUUCUUAAUAAGAAAUUUUUAUUAAAAAUUGAUUGUAGCUCAGCUAAAUCAAUUAUUGAAAAAGAUGUUAAAAAUCUUGUUGCUAAGCAAAUUUUUGCUAGCUGGCAAUCUCAAUUAUCUAUGUUUGAAUUUGACAUUCAACACAUUAAAGAAUCGUACGUGUCUCGACAUUUGGGUGUUGACUUCGUUUUUCGUUUCUACUGUUCUUCAUUUCUUGCGGUAUGUUCUUCAAUAUUUCUUCAUUUCUUCGUUUCUGCUAUAAACUGUGCUUUAUCCUUGUUUUAUGUAAUCGUUAGUAUGCACUUGUCCUUCAAAGUAGGAGUGGAUGUUCUAUCUUUUCCUGGGGCAAUUUUAUUGCUAUUAUGCACAUAUAGGGAAUCUAAGUGUAGCGACACUGACAGAGAAAUCAAUGGAAGCCUUUACGCUCCUUUAAAUGGUGAGUCAAAUAAAGACGAUUCCGUUAGCCGCGUGACACUAUUUGUGAAAGCUGGAUUCUUCAGUAGGAUUUCAUUUUGGUGGCUGAAUUCUUUGAUGAAAAGUGGUAAAGAGAAAACACUUCAGGACGAAGAUGUGCCGAUGUUGAGGGAGGAAGAUAGAGCAGAAAGUUGUUAUUCGAUGUUUCUAGAGCAAUUAAACAAGCAAAAUCAGAAGGAUCCAUCCUCACAACCAUCUGUUUUGAAGACAAUGGUUUUAUGUCAUUCGAGAGAAAUUUUGAUCUCUGGAUUCUUUGCAUUGCUUAAGAUUGAUGUUUAUGGGAAGUUUGCGUAUGUGUCUCAAACAACAUGGAUACAGACAGGUUCAAUAAGGGAUAACAUAUUGUUUGGAUCACCUAUGGAUGCUCAAAAAUAUCAGAAAACACUUCAGAGGUCGUCACUAGAGAAAGACCUUGAGUUGCUUCCCCAUGGUGAUCUCACUGAAAUAGGAGAGAGAGGGGUUAACUUGAGUGGUGGUCAGAAGCAGCGAAUUCAACUUGCUCGCGCUCUUUAUCAGGAUGCUGAUAUAUAUCUCUUGGACGAUCCAUUCAGUGUUGUUGAUGCACAUACUGCCACAAAUUUGUUUAAUGAAUACAUUAUGGAAGGACUUGCUGAGAAGACGGUCUUGCUUGUAACUCAUCAAGUUGACUUUCUUCCAGCAUUUGAUUUUGUUUUGUUGAUGUCAGAUGGAGAAAUCCUACAGGCUGCUACUUAUCAUGAUUUGUUAACAUCAUGCAAAGAUUUUCAGGAUCUUGUGAAUGCUCACAGAGAAACUGCUGGUUCUGAGGGGCUUAUGGAUGUUACUUCUUCUGAAAGACAUUCAAGUUCUGCUAAAGAGAUAAGAAAAAUACACGUGGAGAAGGAAAAGGAGUUCGAAGCACCAAAAGGCGAUCAAUUGAUUAAGCAAGAAGAGAGAGAGAUAGGAGACCAUGGCCUUAAGCCAUACUUACAGUAUUUGAAUCAGAACAAAGGAUACGCAUACUUCUUGAUCGCUUCUCUAUUUCACCUUAUAUUUGUGAUUGGUCAGAUAUUGCAAAACUCGUGGAUGGCUGCUAAUGUUGACAAUCCUAAAGUCAGCACUCUGAGAUUGAUUCUAGUUUACUUGUUGAUUGGAGUUACUUCAGCAGUGUUCUUAUUCAUGAGAAGUCUUCUUACAGUUGCUCUGGGUCUUCAGUCUUCGAAGUCUUUGUUUUUACAACUACUAAACUCCCUUUUUCGUGCACCUAUGCUGUUUUAUGAUUCGACGCCUUUGGGACGUAUACUCAGUAGGGUCUCUUCUGAUCUUAGCAUUGUUGAUCUUGAUGUUCCAUUUGGCCUUCUUUUUGCUGUGGCAGCUACUACGACUUGUUAUGCAAGUCUAACUGUUUUAGCAGUAGUUACUUGGCAAGUCUUGUUUGUCUCCAUACCGAUGAUUUAUUUUGCACUGCGCUUGCAAAGAUACUACUUUGCUACAGCAAAAGAACUGAUGCGGAUGAAUGGCAUAACAAAAUCCUUUAUAGCUAAUCAUCUUGCAGAAUCAGUUGCUGGUGCUGUGACAAUAAGGGCUUUUGAAGAAGAAGAUCGUUUUUUCGUAAAGAACCUUGAUCUAAUUGAUAUCAAUGCUGCUCCUUUCUUUCAUAGUUUUGCGGCAAAUGAGUGGUUGAUUCAGCGGUUAGAAACAGUGAGUGCAGUUGUUCUUGCAUCUGCUGCACUUUGUAUGGUUGUACUUCCAACCGGAACAUUCUCCUCCGGAGUUAUUGGCAUGGCUCUCUCAUACGGUCUUUCACUUAAUGCUUCCUUAGUAUUUUCAAUUCAAUACCAAUGCAAUACAGCAAAUUAUAUAAUAUCAGUGGAGAGAUUGAACCAAUAUAUGCAUGUACCAAGUGAGGCUCCAGAGUUAAUCGAAGGAAACCGUCCUCCGUUGAACUGGCCAGUUGUUGGUAGAGUAGAAAUAAAGGAACUACAGAAAGUGAUUUUGAUGUUAAAUGUUGGAUACUCAAAUGGAAUAACUUUGUCUGCUACAGUGAUAUAUGUGAUAUGGUUUCAAGAACUUAGAGCAAUGUCUCAUAUUUUGGCAAUCCUAUUACAUGUUGUUGAGUAUCGUGGUGAGCAAAUAGGAGGUUCUUACAAAAUCGGUACUGCGUCUGAAUCUGUUAAUGCAGCUUACAUAUUUUCUAGAAAAGAUCUUUCUCGGCCUGCUAUACAGAUUCCCUGCGCAAGCAAAGCUGUUGUAGCUGUCCGGUUCUGUCCUAUAUUUUUUAAUCUCAAAGCGACAAACUCAGGUUAA